AUGCCGAGCGAGUCUGGUGUUUGCCAACCGAGUGAAAUCUGCAGGGAACAAAUGGUGACUUUGGAUAACAGAUUGAACUGCCCUGACCCAUCUCUGAGUAAGGGCGAGCGGAUUGAUAGCGCUAUCACAGAGGGAGAAAUUAUCGUGAGGAUCAGCGAAGAGAGCUGUCCCAUUAUCCUGUUCAGUGCGACAACACUCGUAUGUGAAUUGCCCGAUGAGGCACCAGCAGCCGGUGACUACAUGGGAGGAGAUACCGGGAAAGGUCUGCCUGUGGUAUGGGUUUUCCAUAAUAACUUAAAAUCUCGGUUGGGCUAUUUGGUCUAUCCCCCGGUGCCACUUGUCGCUAUACUUGUACCGAGUUUGAUCAUCCCACUCUCCAUGGCGAUUCUGCUCGCUGCUACCUUCGUGUAUUGCAGACAAUUGCGAAGGAAGCGCACCCACGACCGAAGACUAUUGGGCAGGAUAAUGGCGAUUCAUCUCGAAAUUGACUCCCACGCCAAAAGACGCAAGUGGUAUAGAUCCCAGCAACAGUCGGGAUCUGCUCAGCCAAAACAAAAGCGCAUUGUCCUGAACAACAAAGUCAGCUUCGUUCCCGACGAGGUUCAUAUCAACUUCAGCAAACUGGAAUUGGGAGAAACUCUCGGACAAGACACUUCGGACCCGAAAAAUGUGGUGAAGUUCCUGGAGGAAGGCCUGAUCAUGAAAACCUUCGACCAUGUCAACGUGCUGGGGCUUCUGGGGUUGACCUUUGACGUAGACAAAAACCCCUUGGUGGUGAUACCCUUCAUGGCCAACGGUGACCUCAAGACAUAUCUGGUCAAGAAGAAACAGAAUUUAAACCUCUUUAGGGUGGAUAGUGAUCUUCUGGUCAAGAUAGCUGAUUUUGGACUGUCCCGUGACAUGCACGAAUCGGAUUACUACACAAGCGGCGAUGCCCAGGCUAAGCUGCCUAUCAAAUGGAUGGCUCCCGAGUCCAUGGAACGUCGAGUGUACAACGCCAGGACUGACGUGUGGUCUUACGGUGUGCUCCUGUGGGAGAUUUUCAGUAAGGGUGCAAGACCGUACCAAGCAAUACCCAACCAAGAUGUGUAUGAUUUCUUGAAGAGUGGUCAACGCAUGGCUGCUCCCAAGAACUGCCCGCCAGAAAUCUACGGCAUAAUGGUACGUUGCUGGCAGGACAACCCAAAGUCACGUUGCACCUUCGUCCAAGUUGCCAACGAGCUGGAAGAACUGUUGGAGGGAGACCGCGACUACGUAGCAGCUCCUAGUGCGGGUGUGGUUGGUAUGGGACUCAUCGAACAUUGCGAACAACCUGGUGUCACAGACGACAGCUAUCUGGUCCCGAUGCAGCAGGAGACCGCCUUUGGUGCUGACGGCCCGUGUAGUGACGGAGAAACCAGCGGGAGCCACGCGACUGCUGCCCAUGAUCCCUUGGAUUAUGUUAAUAAAAUUGUCAUUAGAUAA